AUGGUGAGAGGGGCGGCGUGCGUAUUAAAGGGGGCUUUGGGUUACCCACUUCGGAGGUAAUUUAACCCCCCGAUAGAACACACACCCCAAAAAACAAGGGGUUUUUUUAUGACGAUAACAGAAUAUACGAAAAAUUAGAUCGGGUUUACACAAAUCCACAGGAAAGCUGACCCCAAUGUGGCAGCGUGUGGAGGGCAUGGUUCCCCGUGUGACCUAGAGGGUGCCCCUUCCUACCUUCCACACUUUUAAAUUUUCCUUAACCACCCCACCAUACCUUCCACGCUUAACCCUACCUAACCAUACCCUUUCCCUUAAAGCUUAACCUUACCUUAACCUACCUUACUCUACCACAGCUUGAACCUUACCUUAACCUACCUUACCUACCUUACCACAGCUUAACCUUACCUUACUUACCUUACCAAACCUUACCUUUACCACAGAUUAACCUUACCUAACUUACCUUACCAAACCUUACCACAAGCUUAACCUUAGCGUAACCGAUACCUGUACCUUACCACAGCUUAACCUUAACCUUACCAUACCAUACCUUACCACAGCUUAACCUUACCUUAACUUAACUUACCUUACCAAACCUUACCACAGCUUAACCUUACCUUAACCAUACCUUACCUUACCACAGCUUAACCUUAACCUUACCAUACCAUACCUUACCACAGCUUAACCUUACCUUAACUUACCUUACCAAACCUUACCACAGCUUAACCUUACCUUAAUGGGGCGGCAGGUAGCUUAGUGGUUAAGAGCGUUGUGCCAGUAACCGAAAGGUCGCUGGUUCUAAUCCCCAAGCCGACUAGGUGAAAAAUCUGUCGAUGUGCCCUUGAGCAAGGCACUUAAACCCCUAAUUGCUCCUGUAAGUCGCUCUGGAUAAGAGCGUCUGCUAAAUAACUAAUUAUUAUAAUUAUUAUUAACCAUACCAUACCUUACCACAGCUUAACCUCCUUCCUAAGUUUGAGUUAUUCCCUGCGUUAGCACACUCUGCCAACCCUGAUGUUCUAGCAGUGUCUGAAUCCUGGCUUAGGAAGGCCACCAAAAAUUCUGAAAUUUCCAUCCCCAACAAUAACAUUUUUCGUCUAGAUAGAACUGCCAAAGGGGGUGGAGUUGCAAUCUACUGUAGAGAUAGCCUGCAGAGUUCUAUCAUACUAUCCAGGUCUGUGCCCAAACAGUUUGAGCUUCUACUUCUAAAGAUCCACCUUUCCAGAAAUAAGUCUCUCACUGUUGCCGCUUGCUACAGACCCCCCUCAGCCCCCAGCUGUGCCCUGGACACCAUAUGUGAACUGAUUACCCCCCAUUUUUCCUCAGAGUUUGUACUGCUUGGUGACCUAAAUUGGGAUAUGCUUAACACCCCGACCAUCCUACAAUCCAAACUAGAUGCCCUCAAUCUCACACAAAUUAUCAACGAACCUACCAGGUACAACCCUAAAUCCGUAAACAUGGGUACCCUCAUAGAUAUCAUCCUGACUAACUUACCCUCUAAAUACACCUCCGCUGUCUUCAACCAGGAUCUCAGCGAUCACUGCCUUAUUGCCUGCUUCCGUAACGGGUCCGCGGUCAAACGACCACCCCUCAUCACUGUCAAACGCUCCCAAAAACACUUCAGCGAGCAGUCCUUCCUAAUUGACCUGGCCCAGGUAUCCUGGAUGGAUAUAGAUCUCAUUCCGUCAGUAGAUGAUGCCUGGUUGUUCUUUAAAAGUAAUUUCCUCUCAAUCUUAAAUAAACAUGCCCCAUUCAAAAAAUACAGAACUAAGAACAAUAUAGCCCCUGGUUCUCCUCAGACUUGACUGCCCUUGACCAGCACAAAAACAUCCUGUGGCGUACUGCAUUAGCAUCAAAUAGCCCCCGUGAUAUGCAACUUUUCAGGGAAGUUAGGAACCAAUAUACACAAGCAGUUAGGAAAGAAAAGGCUAACUUUUUCAAACAGAAAUUUGCAUCCUGUAGCACUAACUCCAAAAAGUUUUGGGACACUGUAAAGUCCAUGGAGAAUAAGAGCACUUCCUCCCAGCUGCCCACUGCACUGAGGCUAGGAAACACUAUCACCACCGAUAAAUCUACAAUAAUCGAGAAUUUCAACAAGCAUUUUGCUACGGCUGGCCAUGCUUUCCACUGGCUACCACUACCCCGGCCACCAGCUCUGCACCCUCCGCUGCAACAUGCCCAUGCCCCCCCCCCCGUUUCUCCUUCACACAAAUUCAGACAGCUGAUGUUCUGAAAGAGCUGCAAAAUCUGGACCCCUACAAAUCAUCUGGGCUAGACAAUCUGGACCCUUUCUUUCUAAAACUAGCCGCCGAAAUUGUCGCAACCCCUAUUACUAGCCUGUUCAACCUCUCUUUCGUAACGUCUGAGAUCCCCAGAGAUUGGAAAGCUGCCGCGGUCAUCCCCCUCUUCAAAGGCGGUGACACUCUAGAUCCAAACUGUUACAGACCUAUAUCCAUCCUGCCCUGCCUUUCGAAAGUUUUUGAAAGCCAAGUUAACAAACAGAUCACCGACCAUUUUGAAUUCCACCGUACCAUCUCCGCUAUGCAAUCCGGUUUCCGAGCUGGUCAUGGGUGCACUUCAGCCACGCUCAAGGUCCUAAACGAUAUUAUAACCGUGAUCGAUAAUAGACAGUACUGUGCAGCCCUCUUCAUCAACCUGGCCAAGGCUUUCGACUCUGUCAACCACCGCAUUCUUAUUGGCAGACUAAAUAGCCUUGGUUUCUCAAAUGACUGCCUCGGCCUGGUUCACCAACUACUUCUCAGAUAGAGUUCAAUGUCAAAUCGGAGGGCCUGUUGUCUGGACCUAUGGCAGUCUCUAUGGGGGUGCCACAGGGUUCAAUUCUUGGGCCAACUCUUUUCUCCGUGUAUAUCAAUGAUGUCGCUCUUGCUGCUGGUGACUCUCAGAUCCACCUCUACGCAGACGACACCAUUUUGUAUACAUCUGGCCCUUCAUUGGACACUGUGUUAACAAACCUCCAAACAAGCUUCAAUGCCAUACAACACUCCUUCAGUAGCCUCCAACUGCUCUUAAACACUAGUAAAACUAAAUGCAUGCUCUUCAAUCGAACGCUGCUGGCACCCGCCCACCCGACUAGAAUCACUACUCUCAACUGGUCUGACCUAGAGUAUGUGGACAACUACAAAUACCUAGGUGUCUGGUUAGACUGUAAACUCUCCUUCCAGACUCACAUUAAGCAUCUCCAAUCCAAAGUUAAAUCUAGAAUCGGCUUCCUAUUUCGCAACAAAGCCUCCUUCACUCAUGCUGCCAAACAUGCCCUCGUAAAACUGACUAUCCUACCGAUCCUUGACUUCGGCGAUGUCAUUUACAAAAUAGCCUCCAACACUCUACUCAGCAAAUUGGAUGUAGUCUAUCACAGUGCCAUCCGUUUUGUCACCAAAGCCCCAUAUACUACCCACCACUGUGACCUGUACGCUCUUGUUGGCUAGUCCUCACUACAUAUUCGUCGCCAAACCCACUGGCUCCAGGCCAUCUAUAAAUCACUGCUAGGCAAAUCCCCGCCUUAUCUUAGCUCAUUGGUCACCAUAGCAACACCCACCCGUAGUAUGCGCUCCAGCAGGUAUAUCUCACUGGUCAUCCCCAAAGCCAACACCUCCUUUGGCCGCCAUUCCUUCCAGUUCUCUGGUGCCAAUGACUGGAACAAAUUGCAAAAAUCUCUGAAGCUGGAGACUCUUAUCUCGCUCACUAACUUUAAGCAUCAGUUGUCAGAGCACCUUACCGAUCACUGCACCUGUACACAGCCCAUCUGAAAUUAGCCCACCCAACUACCUCAUCCCUAUAUUGUUAUUUAUUUUGCUCUUUUGCACCCCAGUAUCUCUAUUUGCACAUCAUCUCUUGCACAUCUAUCAUUCCAGUGUUAAUACUAAUUGUAAUUAUUUUGCACUAUAGCCUAUUUAUUGCCUUACCUCCAUAACUUGUUACAUUUGCACACACUGUAUACAUAUUUUCUGUUGUAUUUUAGGCUUUAUGUUUUGUUUUACCCCAUAUGUAACUCUGUGUUGUUGUUUUUAUCGCACUGCUUUGCUUUAUCUUGGCCAGGUCGCAGUUGUAAAUGAGAACUUGUUCUCAACUGGCUUACCUGAUUAAAUAAAGGUGAAAUAAAAUAAAUAAAUAAAAAAAAACUUACCAAACCUUACCACAGCUUAACCUUACCUUAACCAUACCUUACCUUACCACAGCUUAACCUUACCUUAAUUUACCAUACCUUAUCAUACAAUCUCUUACCAUACCAUACCUUACUAUACCCUACCUGUCUCUCCCCACCAGGAAAGUAUGCACAGUGUGUGGCUGCAGUGUGGAGGACCACGGCCCCAGCGGUGACAUAGACGAUGACCACAAGAUGGGGCGACUCCUGGCCGACUCCAAAUAUGCCCACCUGACCACCAAGGUGAACUUUUAUAUGAUCAGUCAGACCGUUUAAAAACACAAUUCAGCCAUUCUAAGUGGAUACACACUGCAUUUAAAAUCAUCAAGGAUAACACAAACCUCUGACAACUUCUGAGAACAGGUGAAGGGCGUCCGGGUGUACAAACGUAACCACAUGGUCAUCACCAACACUGUCGUCUCCAGGAAGGACCCCACCUUCAACACCAUCACCUACGACUGGGCCCCGCCAGGACUAACACAGAAACUGGUGAGAGAGGGAAGGAGAGAGGGAGGGAGGGGGAGAGAGAGAGAGAGCGAGAGAGGGAGGGAGGGAGAUGUUCAAUACCAUCACCUACGACUGGGAGGGAGGGAGGGAGACGUUCAAUACCAUCACCUACGACUGGGAGGGAGGGAGAGAGACGUUCAAUACCAUCACCUACGACUUUCAAUACCUGGUCAAAUGGUUCCCUGUGGACCCUGGUCAAAUGGUUCCCUAUGGACCCUGGUCAAAUGGUUCCCUAUGGACCCUGGUCAAAUGGUUCCCUGUGGACCCUGGUCAAAUGGUUCCCUAUAGACCCUGGUCAAAUGGUUCCCUAUGGACCCUGGUCAAAUGGUUCCCUGUGGACCCUGGUCAAAUGGUUCCCUAUGGACCCUGGUCAAAUGGUUCCCUAUGGACCCUGGUCAAAUGGUUCCCUGUGGACCCUGGUCAAAUGGUUCCCUAUGGACCCUGGUCAAAUGGUUCCCUGUGGACCCUGGUCAAAUGGUUCCCUAUGGACCCUGGUCAAAUGGUUCCCUAUGGACCCUGGUCAAAUGGUUCCCUAUGGACCCUGGUCAAAUGGUUCCCUAUGGACCCUGGUCAAAUGGUUCCCUGUGGACCCUGGUCAAAUGGUUCCCUAUGGACCCUGGUCAAAUGGUUCCCUAUGGACCCUGGUCAAAUGGUUCCCUAUGGACCCGUCAAAUGGUUCCCUGGUCAAAUGGUUCCUGGACCUGGUCAAAUGGUCCUGGACCCUGGUCAAAUGGUUCCCUGUGGACCCUGGUCAAAUGGUUCCCUAUAGACCCUGGUCAAAUGGUUCCCUGUGGACCCUGGUCAAAUGGCUCCCUAUGGACCCUGGUCAAAUGGUUCCCUAUGGACCCUGGUCAAAUGGUUCCCUAUAGACCCUGGUCAAAUGGUUCCCUGUGGACCCUGGUCAAAGUAAAGAAUAGGAAGCAUGACAACAACAGAGAACCAAAGGCUUGUGAUAUAAUAAAGGUAAAUUUAGUUCCAGGCUUGGUGCAGUAAAUCCAGCAGACUACAGGCAUUCCUCUCCUUAGUCAGAGUUGGUCGGUCCACGUGCCACAGCCGGUGCCUGCUAGCCUGCCUGACUGGCUCCAUCACCUCUGACCUAAACAACAGACCACUGAACAGAACAACUUUUGCACACAUGAAAUAUCAAAUUAUCAGGCGUAGAUCUCUCAAAUUCAAAUCUGGACCUCAAAGCCAGGUCCGUCGGUCUCUUUUCAUUCUUUCCCUCUAAUCAGGGGACUGAUUUAGAACUGGGUGCAAUAAUUAUCCGGUAGAACAGAAAACCAACAGUAGUCCAGACCUCGUAGGGUAAGAGUUAAAUACCUCUGCCGUAGAUCAUCUUAGGUGAUAGGAGAUGGUAGUAGUCCGGACCUCGUAGGGUAAGAGUUAAAUACCUCUGCCGUAGAUCAUCUUAGGUGAUAGGAGAUGGUAGUAGUCCGGACCUCGUAGGGUAAGAGUUAAAUACCUCUGCCGUAGAUCAUCUUAGGUGAUAGGAGAUUGGUAGUAGUCCGGACCUCGUAGGGUAAGAGUUAAAUACCUCUGGCCGUAGAUCAUCUUAGGUGAUAGGACAUGGUAGUAGUCCGGACCUCGUAGGGUAAGAGUUAAAUACCUCUGCCGUAGAUCAUCUUAGGUGAUAGGAGAUGGUAGCAGUCCGGACCUCGUAGGGUAAGAGUUAAAUACCUCUGCCGUAGAUCAUCUUAGGUGAUAGGAGAUGGUAGCAGUCCGGACCUCGUAGGGUUAGGUGAUAGGUGAUAGGAGAAUGUAGUAGAUUUGAAGCAUAAACCCCAAUGAACUCUAGAUUCCUUCCUACAGAGUAAACACAGAUUAGAUGCAGUAGCUAUGGUUUCCAUCCAAUUGGAGACAGAUUUUCAUGCAAAUAUUCUAAAAUCUGCAUAAAACAAUAUGCACAUUUUCCCACCAGAGAUGUGUUCCCAUCAAAUUAACUUGGUGUGGAUAAAAGUCUGUGUGUGAUAGCCUUAGUUCACAUAAAAAUUACUUUUGCGAAUAAAAAGUACAAGUUAAAUGGGUUUCCAUCUUAUUUUCAACUCUACUGAUGGUUUUGUCACAAUAGUUUUUUCGUUAUAUAGCCGGUGCUUGACUUGGACUGAAAUAGGUGCCGGUACUCAUUUCUGGUGCCAGUACUGUUUAUAUUUAGGUAACAGGAGCUCCACAAUACCUUUCAGCUAAUAUUCUAUAAGAGGAACAGGAGCUCCACAAUACUUUUCAGCUAAUAUUCUAUAAGAGGAACAGGAGCUCCACAAUACUUUUCAGCUAAUAUUCUAUAAGCGGAACAGGAGCUCCACAAUACUUUUCAGCUAAUAUUCUAUAAAAGGAACAGGAGCUCCACAAUACUUUUCAGCUAAUAUCUAUAAGAGGAACAGGAGCUCCACAAUACUUUUCAUGCUAUAUUGACUAUAAGUAGGUAACAGAGGAGCUCCACAAGACGUGGAGCUAAUAUUCUAUAAGAGAAACAGGAGCUCCACAAUACUUUUCAGCUAAUAUUCUAUAAGAGGAACAGGAGCUCCACAAUACUUUUCAGCUAAUAUUCUAUAAGAGGACCAGGAGCACCACAAUACUUUUCAGCUAAUAUUCUAUAAGAGGAACAGGAGCUCCACAAUACUUUUCAGCUAUAUUCUUAAGAGGAACAGGAGCUCCACAAUACUUUCAGCUAAUAUUCUAUAAGAGGACAGGAGCUCCACAAUACUUUUCAGCUAAUAUUCUAUAAGAGAACAGGAGCCUCCACAAUACUUUUCAGCUAAUAUUCUAUAAGAGGAACAGGAGCUCCACAAUACUUUUCAGCUAAUAUCUAUAAGAGGAAACAGGAGCUCCACAAUACUUGGAGCUAAUAUUCUAUAAGAGGAACAGGAGCUCCACAAUACUUUUCAGCUAAUAUUCUAAGAGCACAGGAGCUCACAAUACUUUUCACAGCUAAUAUUCUAUAAGAGGAACCAGGAGCUCCACAAUACUUUUCAGCUAAUAUUCUUAUAAGAGGAAAAGGAGCUCCACAAUACUUUUCAGCUAAUAUUCUAUAAGAGGAACAGGAGCUCCACAAUACUUUUCAGCUAAUAUUCUAUAGACGGAACAGGAGCUCCACAAUACUUUUCAGCUAAUAUUCUAUAAGAGGACAGGAGCUCCACAAUACUUUUCAGCUAAUAUUCUAUAAGAGGAACAGGAGCUCCACAAUAGUUUUCAGCUAAUAUUCUAUAAGAGGAAACAGGAGCUCCACAAUACUUUUCAGCUAAUAUUCUAUAGAGGAACAGGAGCUCCACAAUACUUUUCAGCUAAUAUUCUAUAAGCGGAACAGGAGCUCCACCAAUACUUUUCAGCUAAUAUUCUAUAAGAGGAACAGGAGCUCCACAAUACUUUUCUUUCAGCUAAUAUUCUAUAAGAGGACCAGGAGCUCCACAAUACUUUUUCAGCUAAUAUUCUAUAAGAGGAACAGGAGCUCCACAAUAACUUUUCAGCUAAUAUCUAUAAGAGGAACAGGAGCUCCACAUACUUUUUCAGCUAAUAUUCUAUAAGAGGAACAGGAGCCUCCACAAUACUUUUCAGCUAAUAUUCUAUAAGAGAACAGGAGCUCCACAAUACUUUUCAGAUAAUAUUCUAUAAGAGGAACAGGAGCUCCACAAUACUUUUCAGCUAAUAUUCUAUAAGAGGACCAGAAGCUUUAGCAGUAGAACAUUUAAUGUGCCGGUACUCAGCUCCGGUGAGCUCCUGCCCAAGUCAAACACUGGAUAUAGUGAAUGUGGCCAUUCCGGUAUCGGCACGUGCGUUCUAGCCAACAGCUGGCAGAUACAGUGCGGGUGUAGCCUACAUGAUGAAAUAAUUAUGGACAAAGAGCGAGAUUUAUAAUGUCACCAGAGUAAGACCCUCGAUAUUUAUUGGAAUGGAGCAUCAAGCUCAUCACUUGUGCACAUUCACCACCCCUGUGAAGUUCAUCAUAAUUUACUUAAUCUGUUGCCUAAUAAACUGCAUGCUUUCCCGAGUCGUAGUGGGAGGACCACACAACAUGUCAUCGCGUGACUCCAAUAUUAUGGUUAUUAUAUCAAUAUUUGCACAUAAAAGCGUUUCCACCGCCAUUUCUCUGAUAAUUCAUUUUACAGACAAAACGAUCUCACCAUGUCUAGCGUGUUUUGUUUUGUCAACAUUUGGAAAGUUCACCGACAAAUGUUCUGUUUCCAUCAGGCCUGUGGUGACAUUUUUUAGCUGAUGUACUUUACUUACAUUGAAAGGUUGAAUGGAAACCUGUUUAGUUUGACUGUUAUAUUUAUCACAAUCUUCAUCAGAUCAAGAUUUUUUGUUGCAUUGAAAGUUUCAUUCAUCUGUCAUACGAUCUCAGUGUAGCACUUUUUACUGUAAAUAUCUUUCUUCUGUUAGUGGGCUAGUAAAUAAUUGUGGUCUCCAUAAGAAUACCUCAGAGUUUUAUGAUGCAGCGAGGAACAUUAUCCAGUCCAUGUCUGUGGUGCAGCCUGCCUGCUGAAGCCUGCCUAUGGGGAGUGUGUGUGUGUGUGUGUGUGUGUGUGCUUGUAUGUGUUGUGUUUGUGUGUGGUGCAGCCUUUCUGUCUAUCUGUGGGACUUUGGUUUAGCGCUGAGGCCAGGGCAGGCCUUCCAGGAAGCCUUCAUCAGGACAAACUAAUGACAGGCAGGAUUGUGGAGUGGUGGAGUGGUGAUCGGUGAGCUUUACCCCAGGAUUGUAGAGCGUAAGGCAGGCAGAGAUUGGUGAGCAGAGCUUAGCCCUUAAAGAGCGCUGUGGCCCACCCGCUCGGCCCUGGAUGUGCUUACAAUGAAAACCCACUGUGACUGAUGUGUCCUCUUCCAAGAGGUUUUCUGACUGUGUGAAGUUUAGUUUUUACUGAGGAGGGUUUGAUUACGUGUCUGUUACUAAGGGAGAGAUGAAGAAUGAUUGGCUGUUAGAGUUACUAGCUAGCUAGAUAUGUUUAGUAAGAGAUAGAGAAAAGAGGAAUAGAGUGAUGUGCCAGGCCACAGAGGGCUGACAGUAGAAGAGAAGGAUGGAGGGAUGGAGGGAUGGAGAGAUGGAUGGAUGGAGGGAUGGAGAGAAGGAGGGGUGGAGAGAAGGAGGGAUGGAGGGUUUUGCUAGGCCACUUUGUGCUUGGAGGCUAGAAUAGAGGGUGAUGGUCUGCUCUCCCACAGCUCCUGGAGGCUAGAAUAGAGAGUGAUGGUCUGCUCUCCCACAGCUCCUGGAGGCUAGAAUAGAGGGUGAUGGUCUGCUCUCCCACAGCGCUGUGAGGGCUGCUUGGCCACCACUCUGAAACGUGCGUGUGCGUGUGCGUGUGCGCAUGCUGCACGUGUGUAUGUGCCUGUGCGCGCGUGCUCUGAAAGAAUCUGGACCUGCCAAGGAGUACAUUUUUUUAUUUGUCAUAUAAACGACAGUUAAACCGACUCUAAAAGUUUACAUUAAAGCGGUGGUGUUGAACGCAAUCAUAAGGGCUUCUAAUAACAAAGAGGCAGUGUUGCAGCGUGGGUAAUGCGGUCCGCUGUGGUGUGGGUCUGUAUGGGGCAGCACAGGGAGAAGGGCCUCAGGGAACUACAGUAUGAAUGGGCCUCUCUGUGCUCUACUGGGAAGGUAAACACACCACGGCUCUGUCCCAAAAGCACCCUAUUCCCUAAAUAGUGCACUACUCCAUAGGGCUCUGGUCAGCAUCUCAAAUGCCACUCUAUUCCCUACAUAGUGCACUACUUUUGACUUGCAGUUAUGGUAAAAAAUAGUGCACUAUAUAGGGAAUAGGGUGCCAUUUGGGAUGCAGACUACAAGUCAGGGCCUGUGAAGUAUAGCUCUGGUUUAAAAGGACCAAUCCCAGGUCCCGAAGGCAGUUAGUGCUGCUGCCUACAGUCCUUGUUGUGACGAACAGCUUUCAAACAGUCACAUACAAUAUAAAGCUUUAUUCAAAGACUAACUGUACAGUUUAACUCUGUCACACUGGUCUGGUGCUGUUGUUGUUGCUGAGUCCUCAGUCCUUGUUGUUUCAGGUAGUUUAAUAUCCAUGGUGUAACACUCCCUCCGUCUUCUAGUCUUCUGUCUCCUGUCUCUCGGUCUCUUGUAUAUGUCUAUCUGUCUCGUCGCUUCUCUGUCUCUGAUCUAUCUCUCUGUCUCUCUAUGCUCUAUCGUCGUCUCUAUCUAUAUAUAUCGAUCUCAUCUCUCUCUAUCUAUCAUAAUGUGGAUAUCUGUAUCUCUGUAUAUCUGUCUCGUCGAUCGGUCUCCUCUCUCUACUAAUGAUUGAUAUAAUGUCUCUCUGUAUCUAUAUUAAUUAUAUAUAUCUCGUUUAUAUAUACUAUCUUAUCUCUAUUGAAUUAUAUCCAGAUAUCAUGAUCGAUAAAUAGGUAUAAAUGUUCUAUGUCUCCUGUUAUACUAUGUGUAUCUGUUAUCGUUCAGAGGCUUAUGUAUAUGGUAUAUCGAUCUAUUCGUGUAGAUACAUGGUACUAUAAUGUAUCGUAUGUAUAGAUGUCUAUGUAUAUGGCUAUCUAUAUAUCUAUAUAGAAUAGGGAUCUAGUGUAAUAUGUUAUAGUUAUAAUACGUAUACAGAUCUAGAUUAAGAGCUGUAGAUAGAGAGAGAGAAGUAUAGAGAGAGGGAGAGAGGGAGGGGUGGAGAGAGUAGGAAGGAGGUAUAGAGAUGAGAGGAUGGAGAGAGGAGAGAGAGAGCUCUCUGUGUCUUCUCUCAGCUCCGUCUCUCGGUCUCUCGUCUCUCUCUCUAUCUUCAUCUUCUCGCUCUCUCUCUUUCUCAUCUCUGUAUCUCUGUCUCUUCUGUCUCUCUCUCUCUCUCUCUCUCUCUCUCUUCUCUUCUCUCUUCUCUUCUCUCUGUCUCUUAUCUCUGGUCUCUCUGUCUCUCUGUCUCUCGUCCUCGGUCUCUCUGUCUCUCUGUCUCUCUGUCUCUCUCUCUCUGUCCUCUGUCUCUCGUCCUUCUCUGUCUCUUGUCUCUGUCUCGUCUCGCUAGGUCUCUCUGUCUCUCUGUCUCUCUCUGUCUCUCUGUCUCUCUGUCUCUCUCUCUCUCUCUGUCUCUCUGUCUCGCUCUCGCUCUCUCUAGGCCAUGCUGUACAUGGCAUUGCUCCCGGAGGAGAAGUGUCCAGUAGCAGGGACUGAGGGAGCGAUGUACCGGCGCAGGCAGCUGAUGAGACAGCUACCUGUCUACGAUCAAGACCCCUCCCAGUGCCACGGGCCUCUGUCAGAGGACCAGGUUAGAUUUUGAUGAUGUCCAAAUAAAUCAUCUCUAUGUUUGCAUUUAAGCCUCCAUUUAGGAUUUCUCCACAUUUGAAACAGGUCUCCACCUCUACUAGUAAUUUUAUUCUUAUUGUUCAUUUUUUGACAUUUUAUUAUUUAUUAAUAGGCCUACAUAUAAAGCUGCACUAGCCAUAGCAAACAUUACAUUAAUGAAACAUAGUUGUGGAUAGACUAUACACCAUAUAGCCUGAAAGGUUAUUUCCAUUGUCGAUCUUUGUUCCCCCACCAGCUCCAGGCCAUGUCUGUCUUCAUGAAGACCUACAAGGAAGAGGCUCUUGGGGUGGGAGAGGUGGCGCUGCCUGGGGAGGGAGGAGCUCACCCUCCGCCCACCGUGGUCAAAGGAAAUAAGCAAAAGAACGGGCCUGGGACGGGGCCUGGGAAGGGGCCUGGGACGGGGCCUGGGACGGGGCCUGGGACGGGGCCUGGGACGGGGCCUGGGACGGGGCCUGGGACGGGGCCUGGGACGGGGCCUGGGAAGGGGCCUGGGACGGGCCUGGGACGGGGCCUGGGACGGGGCCUGGGACGGGGCCUGGGACGGGGCCUGGGACGGGGCCUGGGAAGGGGCCUGGGACGGGGCCUGGGACGGGGCCUGGGACGGGGCCUGGGACGGGGCCUGGGAAGGCCACCAUUGUCCAGUCAGACCCUACUGCUACGACCACCAACGGGACGGACGACUGCUGUAAGAAGAGUGAAUAUGUAAGUCUUUGUUAUACAGUAAUUACAGUUUUAAAAAUACGCAUCUACAUGAACUUAGGCAAUGCACAAACACGCACGCACGCUCAUUCAUUCACACACAAAUACAUUCACAUGCCACUUAACUGGGAGAAUUCUGGUGGAUUGGCUCGCUGCACUUUAGACUUAAACUGAGAAGGGGUAACAAACGGCGAAAUGUAAGAAAUAAAAUGUCCACUGAGAGACCGGAUGUUUCUUCAUUGGUUAAAGAUUUAUUUCCUGUCUGUCCCAGGCCUAGGUUCAAAUACUAUUUGAAAUCUUUCAAACUACUUGUUUUAACCAUGGAGUUCCAGAUGGGUGGGGUUUGCCAUUUAGAAACGAUUCUAUAGGUCCAUUAAAGCCAGGCAAGCUCAAUCAAGCACAGAUAAAGUAUUUGAAAGGAUUUCUAAUAGUAUUUAAACCCAGGUCUGUUCUGUCCCUGCCUUCCGUUCUAGAGAUGGAGCCUCCUACUCCAAGCCUUUAAAUCCAUAAGCUAUUUUACUUUUCUCUUUCAUCACUCAAUUUAAACAUAUAGUAUAGAAUCAAUACAAUGUAAAGGUAUAGAAUCAAUACAAUGUAAAGGUAUAAUUGGACAUUUCUUUAAGAGAAAAGCUAUAACUUGUUUUGACUCGACUAAUUUUCAUUAUUUUACCUUCUCUUCCCUUUUAAUGACGCUGAACCAUAAAGUUCAUAUACAUCACAACUGACUGAAGGCUGCGUAUAUUAUUCUCCUGUCUGGUAUGUGAAGUCGGACUGGGAACUAGACAUUUUUCACAGUCAGAUACUGUCGUUGUUAGCGCACACACAGCUAAUUAACUAGCCGUUCCCUUAAGGCUACAAAUUGAGAGGCGGACAGAGAGAGAGAGAGGCAGAGAGAGAGAGAGAGAGAGACAGCGUUGCCUUAGAGCGCACAGAAAACUAUACCUACCUCGGCCUAAACAUCAGCGCCACAGGUAACUUCCACAAAGCUGUGAACGAUCUGAGAGACAAGGCAAGAAGGGCCUUCUAUGCCAUCAAAAGGAAAAAAAUUUGACAUAGCAAUUAGGAUCUGGCAAAAAAUACUUGAAUCAGUUAUAGAACCCAUUGCCCUUUAUGGUUGUGAGGUCUGGGGUCCGCUCACCAACCAAGAAUUCACAAAAUGGGACAAACACCAAAUUGAGACUCUGCAUGCAGAAUUCUGCAAAAAUAUCCUUUGUGUACAACGUAAAACACCAAAUAAUGCAUGCAGAGCAGAAUUAGGCCGAUACCCGCUAAUGAUCGAAAUCCAGAAAAGAGCCAUUACAUUUUCCAACCACCUAAAAGGAAGCGAUUUCCAAACCUUCCAUAACAAAGCCAUCACCUACAGAGAGAUGAACUUGGAGAAGAGUCCCCUAAGCAAGCUGGUCCUGGGGCUCUGUUCACAAACACAAACAGACCCCACAGAGCCCCAGGACAGCAACACAAUUAGACCAAACCAAAUCAUGAGAAAACAAAAAGAUAAUUACUUGACACAUUGGAAAUUAUUCACAAACAAACAGAGCAAACUAGAAUGCUAUUUGGCCCUAAACAGAGAGUACACAGUGGCAGAAUACCUGACCACUGUGACUGACCCACAAUUAAGGAAAUCUUUGACUAUGUACAGACUCAGUGAGCAUAGCCUUGCUAUUGAGAAAGGCCGCCGUAGGCAGACCUGGCUCUCAAGAGAAGACAGGCUAUGUGCACACUGCCCACAAAAUGAGGUGGAAACUGAGCUGCACUUCCUAACCUCCUGCCAAAUGUAUGACCAUAUUAGAGACACACAUUUCCCUCAGAUUACACAGACCCACAAAUAAUUUGAGAACAAAUCCAAUUUUGAUUAACUCCCUUAUCUACUGGGUGAAAUAGCACAGUGUGCAAUCACAGCAGCAAGAUUUGUGACCUGUUGCCACUAUAAAAGGGCAACCAGUGAAGAACAAACACCAUUGGAAAUACAACCCAUAUUUAUGUUUAUUUAUUUUCCCUUUUGUACUUUAACUAUUUGCACAUUGUUACAACACUGUAUAUAGACAUAAUAUGACAUUUGAAAUGUCUUUAUUCUUUUGGAACUUUUGUGAGUGUAAUAUUUACUGUUCACUUUUAUGUUUAUUUCCACUUUUGUUUAUUAUCUAUUUCACUUGGCUUUGGCAACGUAAACAUAUGUUUCCAUUGCUACUAAGACCUUACAGUGAAUUGAGAGAGAGAGAGGGUAUGAGAGAGGAGGAGAGAUGAGAGAGGCGGAGAGAGAGAGGGAGAGAGACCGAGGAGGAGACGAGAUGGAGAUGUGGAGGAGGAAGAUGAGAGGGAGAGCAGAGCAAGAGGAGAGAGGGAGAGAGAUGAAUCGAGAGUAGUGAAUUGAGAUGAGGCUGGAGAGAGAGUACGAGUAAAAGAGAGAGAAGAGAUAGAGGAGAGAGAGAGAGAGAGAGAGAGAGAGAGAGAGAGAGAGACGAGAGAGAGAGAGAUGGGAGAGAGAAGAGCGAGGGAGAAGGAAGUAGUUGUCUAUUAGUUCGGAUAAAUAGCUUGGUUUUGGCAGCUAUCAAUAUUAUUCUGGUGCUCCACCUGUUGAAUGGACAUAGGAAAACAACAUGUUUAUGAAGCUUGUUGAAUGGACAUAGGAAAACAACAUGUUAAUAAAGCUUGUUGAAUGGACAUAGGAAAACAACAUGUUAAUAAAGCUUGUUGAAUGGACAUAGGAAAACACCAUGUUAAUAAAGCUUGUUGAGUGGACAUAGGAAAACAACAUGUUAAUAAAGCUUGUUGAGUGGACAUAGGAAAACAACAUGUUAAUAAAGCUUGUUGAAUGGACAUAGGAAAACAACAUGUUAAUAAAGCUUGUUGAAUGGACAUAGGAAAACAACAUGUUAAUAAAGCUUGUUGAAUGGACAUAGGAAAACAACAUGUUUAUAAAGCUUGUUGAGUGGACAGAGUGCACAGUGCAUUCGGAAUGUAUUCAGACCCCUUGACUUUUUCCACAUUUUGUUACGUUACAGCCUUAUUCUAAAAGUUAUUAAAUUAAUGUUUUCCCUCAUCAAUCUACACAUAAUACCCCAAUAUGACAAAGUGAAAACAGCUUUUUAUUUUUUGCUAUGAGACUAGAAAUUGAGCUCAGGUGCAUCCUGUUUCCAUUGAUCAUCCUUGAGAUGUUUCUACAACUUGAUUGGAGUCCACCUGUCUAUAUAAGGUCUCACAGUUGACAGUGCAUGUCAUAGCAAAAACCAAGCCAUGAGGUUGAAGGAAUUGUCCGUAGAGCUCCGAGACAGGAUUGUGUCGAGGCACAGAUCUGGGGAAGGGUACCAAAAAAUGUCUGCAGCAUUGAAGGUCCCCAAGAACACAGUGGCCUCCAUCAUUCUUAAAUGGAAGAAGUUUGGAACCACCAAGAAUCUUCCUAGAGCUGGCCGCCCGGCCAAACUGAGCAAUCAGGGGAGAAGGUCCUUGGUCACAUAGGUGACCAAGAUCCCGAUGGUCACUCUGACAGAGCACCAGAGUUCCUCUGUGGAGAUGGGAGAACCUUCCAGAAGGACAACCAUCUCAGCAGCACUCCACCAAUCAGGCCUUUAUGGUAGAGUGGCCAGGCGGAAGCACAUGACAGCCCGCUUGGAGUUUGCCAAAAGGCACCUAAAGGACUCCGACCAUGAGAAACAAGAUUCUCUGGUCUGGUGAAACCGAGAUUAAACUCUUUGGCCUGAAUGCCAAGCGUCACGUCUGGAGGAAACCUGGCACCAUCCCUACGGUGAAGCAUGGUGGUGGCAGCAUCAUGCUGUGGGGAUGUUUUUCAGUGGCAGGGACUGGGAGACUAGUCAGGAACAAGGCAAAGAUGAACGGAGCAAAGUACAGAGAGAUCCUUGAUGAAAACCUGCUCCAGAGCGCUCAGGACCUCAGACUGGGGCGAAGGUUCACCUUCCAACAGAACAACGGCCCUAAGCACACAGCCAAGACAACGCAUGAGUGGCUUCUGGACAAGUCUCUGAAUGUCCUUGAGUGGCCCAGCCAGAGGCCGGACUUGAACCCGAUCGAACAUCUCUGGAGAGACCUGAAAAUAGCUGUGCAGUGAUGCUCCUAAUUAACCUGACAGAGCUUAAGAGGAUCUGCAGAGAAGAAUGUGAGAAACUCCCCAAAUACAGGUGUGCCAAGCUUGUAGCAUCAUACCCAAAAAGACUUGAGCAUGUAAUCGCUGUCAAAGGUGCUUCAACAAAGUACUGAGUAAAGGGUCUGAAUACUUACGUAAAUGUCAUAUUUACGUUUUUUUUAAACUAAAAAAACAAGUUUUUGGGGUCAUUAUGAGGUAUUGUGUGUAGAAUGAUUAUUUAAUCAAUUUUAGAAUAAGGCUGUAAUGUAACAAAAUGUGGAAAAAGUCAAGGUGUCUGAAUAUUUUUCAGAAUACACUGUAUAGUAUCUAUACCUACUAUAGGAUUAUGACAAGGAAUAUAUAUUUCUGGUUAAUUUUGUGUUGUUUUACAAUAAUUUGAUAACAGGCCUAUACAGCAAAUAGAUGCAGUAGUUCAGAUCUGUUGAACCAGUCCAAAACAGAAAAUAUUCAGGAAAUGGAAAGUUUCCUCCAUUAACAGACAUACAAUUAUGAAACUUUAGAAGCUAUUUUGAAUACAUUUUCUUGGUCCUAGAGUCAUGAAAUGUUCAGAACACAUUGAAGGUAGUUACUGCUUUCAAUAAAAAUAAAAACACAUAAAAUUGAGUUAUGAUGUUUUCAUCAGAAAGAGACGAAAGGCAAAACCAGUUUUAACACACAUAAGAAGGAAACGGUGAAUGGGUUGUUUAUCCCUUUAUAGUGCAUUACUUUUGACUAGGGCCAAUAGGGCUCUGGUCAAAAAUAGUGCACUAUAUAGUGAAUAGGGUGCCAUUUGGGAUGUACCCUAGUAAGUAGGGCCCUGUCUUUACACACUAGUACUGUAGGUGCCUGGUGGAUGGUGAUAAAACAGAAGAUUUAUGACUGAAAAAGGGAGUCGGUGUUCAGCUUCUCCGAAAGGACCUGUUUUUAUGGCCCUGUUAAAAUAUCAACAGAAUAAACCCAGCUAGCUACAAAUGUAGAAGUAGUAAGAUGUUCUGUUUCUCUCUGCUCUCUCUCUCUCUCUCUGUGUGUGUCUCCUCUACCUCUAUCUCUGUCUCUCUUUCUCCGUCAGCUCAGGUGUGGACAAAACCUGAUCACUUCUCAUAAAAAAAAAAAAGUGACUGCAUGUCAUUUAAAAUACUAACUUAGAACUUUGCUUUCAUUAACCAACUGAUCUUACCAACUGACUGCUAUAUAUAUUAAUACAAAAUAAAAUAUGUUUUGUAUUAAUUUUAUGCAAAUGUGGUGCACGUUUAAGUAAUGAUAUAGUUUGUGAACUAGUUGUGUAAUUGGAAGACCUUUUUACAGUUGGUGUCUGUAGCUUUAAACUGUUGAAGAGCUGUACCAUUUAUAAAAAACCAACCACUUCAUGCUGCCAUUGACAGCCAUGUUGUUUUAUGCCAUUUCACAUAGUUAUAAUGCACAGUAAUAGUGUUUGGUGGCAGGACAUGUGCUAUUAUCAGACCUUCCGGGUAAAAAACUUGAAAUUAAUUUUAAAAAAACGAUGUUUUAAGUGAAAUAUUAGCUUUUGUCUGAAGCCAAAAAAGACAGGAAAUUCAAAAGCUAAUUUGACCUAUGCAGGCUUUUCAGCAUACACACAACGGCACCUGCUAGAGUAUUGAUCUACUGUACUUCAACAACAGAUGUGCUCACAUUGGAUGAGUUGAUUAGGAUUCAAACCUUCUCUCAAAUAGCCUAAUAUAUACUGGUAGAGUAGGGUUACCCCACUAAUGUACUUGGUGAUGUAAACGUGUUUUUUCAUGUCAGACACACAUGCAAUCUGGCAUCUGAGAACCUGUUCAAUGGUCCUAAUCUAGAUUUAUACCCAUUGGUUAUUAAAAGGGGCAAUCUGCAGUUCAAACAACAACAAGGCCACACCCCGCCACUGUUUCGGUAAAAAGCGGAAGAAUUCGGGAUGGAGAAAUGUAACCACUAAAGAGCAAGACCGUAAACUGUAAGAGGCUAAACAGUGUUUGUUUACAAUUACAAUUACUCUCACGUUCGGCUGUACAGUCUGUCGCUUCGUCCUAACCGUAAAUCACAUGUUCAGUUAUUCAAACCUGAUCUGUUAUUAUUGACGACAACAAGCUGGCCCAGGCCUUUGAAUUGCACACAAAGUGGUAAUGGGUCAUUUUUUCAACAAGACACUGCUUCUGCCUGCUAAGUCUGGAGCCUGGAUAGCUAUUUAGCAAGCAUCUACAACGUCAAACUAACAGAAACAGAUACAAUUUCAAUAAUGUAGGCUUAUCUGGCUUGAAUUAUGUUUUGAAUAUGGCUGAGGAUAUAAUGUUAGCUAGCUAGCAACAAAAAAAACGUGUCUCUGGCUAGAUAGCUCAUCAAGACGAGAGAGUGGCUAGGUGACCUGGCUAGGUUUCAGUUUGAUACGUCACAGGCCCGAACAUAGAUCAAGUAGAUAUCCCAUCAAGGGCCGUUGCAUUCUCACUUAGACUGAGACUGUAUGAUCUGUAAUCCUAAUUCUGUCCAUCUUUUUUUUGUUUCUCCUGCAACAAUAAUGAAAUGUUAGCUGUUAGCAUUUGCCUUUUCCCUAUGUAAUAAGUUAGUGUUCCUUAUGUUUUUGCUGGGAAAGAAUGCAGAGAAAAUAUAGUUUUUUAUUGAAUCAACAACACCUUUCUCGAAUAUUCAAAUUGAAGGUGAAGGUCAUAAUUAAUAUUUCUCUGGGAUUCGAGUGUCACUGUUAACAACUUUGGAAUUUCUUGGAGGUUAUUUAAAAAAGCCCCUAUGGGGCAAGAAAACUAGUGAGUGGAUCGCGCCGCCAUUUGCUGACCAUUUAGGGAAUGGAGUUCUCAGCAGAUGUGCCAAAUUUCAUUCCAAAAUAUGGAGUAUUGAUGGAGAAAUGACGAGGGGAACAACUCACUUUAACAUGUAUUGUGACUAUCGUCGUGUAUUGUGACUAUCCUCAUGUAUUGUGACUACCGUCAAGUAUUGUGACUAUCAUCGUGUAUUGUGACUAUCGUCGUGUAUUGUGACUAUCGUCGUGUAUUGUGACUCGUCAUGUAUUGUAACUAUCGUAGUGUAUUGUGACUAUCGUCGUGUAUUGUGACUAUCGUCGUGUAUUGUGACUCGUCAUGUAUUGUAACUAUUGUAGUGUAUUGUGACUAUCGUCGUGUAUUGUGACUAUAGUCGUGUAUUGUGACUAUCGUCAUGUAUUGUGACUAUCGUCAUGUAUUGUAACUAUCGUAGUGUAUUGUGACUAUAGCGUGUAUUGUGACUCGUCAUGUAUUGUAACUAUCGUAGUGUAUCGUGACUAUCGUCGUGUAUUGUGACUAUUGUCGUGUAUUGUGACUAUCGUCAUGUAUUGUGACUAUCGUCAUGUAUUGUAACUAUCGUAGUGUAUUGUGACUAUCGUCGUGUAUUGUGACUAUCGUCGUGUAUUGUGACUAUCGUCGUGUAUUGUGACUAUCGUCAUGUAUUGUGACUAUCGUCAUGUAUUGUAACUAUCGUAGUGUAUUGUGACUAUCGUCGUGUAUUGUGACUAUUGUCAUGUAUUGUGACUAUCGUCAUGUAUUGUGACUAUCGUCGUGUAUUGUGACUAUCGUCGUGUAUUGUGACUAUCGUCGUGUAUUGUGACUAUCGUCAUGUAAUGUGACUAUCGUCGCAUCUAUAAUAUUGAUGAUUUUGUUGUCCAGAAAUGUCUCUGCCCCCUCUCUCUUGUUAUUAUACAUUCAGAAUGAAGAGAGAGCUUGCUAUCAUACAUAUACACAGAAAAAAAACCUUUACUCUCUGUUUAGAAGAGCUUUUUAGAAAGAGGGGGAGGAGGGAGGGGGGGGGAGAGGGGGAGAGGGAGGGGGAGGGGGAGAGCGUAGUAUGAAAACAAUUAAAGGCUGACUAAACAUCUGCAUUUGAUUGCUUAUAUCAUAACAGGAAUGCAACAUGGUUUGGAUUCACGGUUGGCCUUGGUGCUGUUGCUAUAGUGAUGUAGGCUUGAUUACUUUGAGAGAGGCCCAUGCAGUGUCAUCAUGUUGUGUGGUGUGGAUAGUGGGUUACACCCAGCCUGCCUCCCAACGUCUCUGUAGGACUGGGCUGGAGUUGCUCCAUUUGGAUCAUGAAUGACAUGUCAUGUCUCCAUAGCGCUCAGAUUUUGUUCCUUCAAUGUUCCACAAAAUUCUCAAUGGUAUUGUUUUUCUCUCCCUCUGUUCCCUCUUAUUCCCCUUCUCUCUCUCUCUCUCUCUCUCUGUCUCUCUCUCUCUCUCUCUCUCUCUCUCUCUCUCUCUCUCUCUCUCUCUCUCUCUCUACCUCCCCCUCUCACUCUCAUUCCGCCCCACCUCUCCACCUUCCUCUCCUUCUCCCCCUCUAUAGCAUUGCAGUGGUUGCGGGGAGCUCACCACCCUAGACAGUCCUGUGGUGUAUGCAGAGGGGGCAGGCUACGACAAGCAGUGGCACCCGACCUGCUUUGUGUGUUCAGAGUGUGGGGAGGCCCUGGUCGAUCUGGUAUACUUCUGGAAGGAAGGAGAGCUGCUGUGUGGAAGACACUACUGCCAGAGGUCCAGACCCCGUUGUGCAGGCUGUGACGAGGUGACGGGGACUCAUAGAUAUAGAAUGAGGGGGACGCCCAUUCUAUCCAUUCUAAUUAUAUGGGGAGAUUACCGCAGAUACGGUGAUUGUGUCCCAAAUGGGCCGUGGUCAAAAGUAGUGCACUAUAUACAGUUGAAGUCGGAAGUUUACAUACACUUAGGUUGUAGUCAUUAAAAGUCGUUUUUUCAACCACUCCAUACAUUUCUUGUUAACAAACUAUAGUUUUGGCAAGUCGGUUAGGACAUCUACUUUGUGCAUGACACAAGUAAUUUCUCCAACAAUUGUUUACAGACAGAUUAUUUCACUUAUAAUUCACUGUAUCACAAUUCCAGUGGGUCAGAAGUUUAAAUACACUAAGUUGAAUGUGCCUUUAAACAGCUUGGAAAAUUCCAGAAAAUGAUGUCAUGGUUUUAGAAGCUUCUGAUAGGCUAAUUGACAUAAUUUGAGUCAAUUGGAAGUGUACCUGUGGAUGUAGUUCAAGGCCUACCUUCAAACUCAGUGCCUCUUUGCUUGACAUCACGGGAUAAUCAAAAUAAAUCAGCCAAGUCCUCAGAAAAGAAAUGGUAGACCUCCACAAGUCUGGUUCAUCCUUGGGAGCAAUUUCCAAACGCCUGAAGGUACCACGUUCAUCUGUACAAACAAUAGUACGCAAGUAUAAACACCAUGGGACCACUCAGCCGCCAUACCGCUCAGGAAGGAGAUGCGUUCUGUCUCCUAGAGAUGAACGUACUUUGGUGCGGAAAGUGCAAAUCAAUCCCAGAACAACAGCAAAGGACCUUGUGAAGAUGCUGGAGGAAACAGGUACAAAAGUAUCUAUAUCCACAGUAAAACAAGUCCUAUAUCGACAUAACCUGAAAGGCCGCUCAGCAAGGAAGAAGCCACUGCUCCAAAACCGCCAUAAAAAAGCCAGACUACGGUUUGCAACUGCACCUGGGGACAAAGAUCGUACUUUUUGGAGAAAUGUCCUCUGGUCUGAUGAAACAAAAAUAGAACUGUUUGGCCAUAAUGACCAUCGUUAUGUUUGGAGGAAAAGGGGGUUGCUUGCAAGCCGAAGAACACCAUCCCAACCGUGAAGCACGGGGGUGGCAGCAUCAUACUGUGGGGGUGCUUUGCUGCAGGAGGGACUGGUGCACUUCACAAAAUAGAUGGCAUCAUGAGGAAGGGAAAUUAUGUGGAUAUAUUGAAGCAACAUCUCAAGACAUCAGUCAGGAAGUUAAAGCUUGGUCGCAAAUGAGUCUUCCAAAUGGACAAUGACCCCAAACAUACUUCCAAAGUUGUGGCAAAAUGGCGUAAGGACAACAAAGUCAAGGUAUUGGUGUGGCCAUCACAAAGCCCUGACCUCAAUCCUAUAGAAAAUGUGUGGGCAGAACUGAAAAAGCGUGUGCGAGCAAGGAGGCCUACAAACCUGACUCAGUUACACCAGCUCUGUCAGGAGGAAUGGGCCAACAUUCACCAAACUUAUUGCGGGAAGCUUGUGGAAGGCUACCCGAAACAUUUGACCCACGUUAAACAAUUUUAAAGGUAAUGCUAAAAUAAAGUAGUGAUCCUAACUGACCUAAGACAGGGAAUUUUUACUAGGAUUAAAUGUCAGGAAUUGUGAAAAACUGAGUUUAAAUGUCUUUGGCUAAGGUGUAUGUAAACGUACGACUUCAACUGUAUAUUGUUGUCAAAGACCUGACUGGACCCAGCACCCCACGGUAUGGCUCGUAUUAUGACCGACGUUGGUUCAAUUAUUUGAAUUCCAUUUAGUUGUUUUUUUAAAUUCUGUGUUGUUAUAGCAUUCAACCUACAUAAUGCAUUUAAUGCAAAAAAAAUUAAUCGAAACCGAAAACCGUGAUUAUCUUUCAAUAAUCAAACCGACCUCAAAAAGCACUAAUCGUUCAGUACCAUCCACCAGACCAUCCGCGCAUUUCGGCGGAAGUGUCUGGGGAACGAGAAUAGGUGUAAUGUGACAAAUAGAGCGUGUGCCAUGCUUUUUAGUUACAGGGAGAAAGAACCCUUCAACACAUUCUCUCUUUUCUCGUCCUGUCUGCAGCUGAUCUUCUGUGACGACUACAAGAAGGGGACAGACAGUCGGGCGUGGCACCAGGACCAUUACUGCUGCUGGCAGUGUGGCCAGAGUCUGGACAGUCCCUGUUCCUGCCCCCAAACACCCUGGCCCAGCCCUGUUUAGUUCCCCUGGCCCCACUCCUGCUCCCCAGCCCUGUUUAGUUCCCCUGGCCCCACUCCUGCUCCCCAGCCCUGUUUAGUUCCCCUGGCCCCACUCCUGCUCCCCAGCCCUGUUUAGGUCCCCUGGCCCCACUCCUGGAGUGGGUAGAGUCUUGA